ACGUGACGCUCCGCCGCUGGUCCGGCAGCUGCGGAGGAGAGAGGCUGACGCACAGCCGAGCACCGGGAGAGACUCUGGAGAGAGACCGAGAGAGAGACCGGGGUCUGUGGAGCAGCCGGAGCCUCGUACCGUCGUACCGCGGGCUGCAUUGUUUAACCCGUCAACAGAGGCUGACACCGCGGAGCCGGGGAUCCGGUGUUACCGUGUGAAUGUGUGUAUCACCGUCCGGCUGGAGCCUCUUACUCUGUGUGGAUAUAACACACAGUUACUAGCGGAUCCUCAGCUGAAGAGGAUCGAUGUGAUUUGUGGCAGAAAAGUGAACCACCGCUUUAAAAUGGCAACCGCCGCCCGCUGCCGGCGCCCAUAGCCCGACACUCAGCUGAUCCUCAGCAGCUCCAUGUGUCCUCGCUGGUUCCUCUAGCAGCAGAUCGGCCGAGCUCUUCCCUCCUUCCAUCUCUGCUGUGGAGACAUUAUGUCGGCGGCUCAGACCCAGAAGGAGAGCAGCGAGGCAGGCUGGGGCUGUCUGGAGGCUCUGGGUCUCAGUCAGAAGGAGCUGGUCCUGGCCGAGGCCCUGCAGAUGGAGUACGAUGCCCUCUCCAGACACAAACAGGACAAGAGCGGUACAGAAACCAGCCAGACCGGCUCUAGAGCUCCACCCCGCUCCAAGACCCCGAAUCCCACCAUCGAACGCCCCCGACCCACCCCCAGCCAGCCCAUUCCUGCCCCCGCUGGAGGAAGCCUGCUGAGGGGCCUCUCUGGAUCCGACCCCUCCCUGAACCAGCCUGGAGGGUCACAGUCUCCUCACUCCAUCCCAGCCAGGGCGCCCCCUCCUCAAGGCGGCUACAUCAAAGAGUCCCUGUACAUUCUGGACAGUCCAGAGGUCAGCAAGUUCAGGGACUGCUCAGGCUCCAGCCUCGGGGACUCACUUGGAUCCGGGUUUCUUCCCAAAGGCUUCCUCGCUCUUCCAGAUGACGUCCCCCCCGCCCUCCCCCCAAGGAACCCCAUCCCCCCUUCGUUAGGGUCAGAGAACCCCUUCCUGCCCUCUCGAGGGUCCACCGCGGUCCGCGACGUGAACCUGUUCACGCCCGACGUGGAUCCGCCCAAAGUGACUUCAGGAGAGCUGAAUUACGACAACAUCAACGACUCGCUGUCCCGACUCAACGGGAGCCAGCAGGGGCCUCGAGGUCGGAGGGCCAACGGGGACCAAUCGGGGAAGCCCGUGGCUCGGAGUAAGACCCUCCCCCCUCAAGUUCCACCCAGGACGUAUGUACCUGUUCCCAAGAGCAACAAGAACCAGCGGCGGGUGUCCGCAGACCCGGUUUCUCUGGGCUCCAGGAUGAAUGGGUUUGGAUAUGAACUGUUCCAGGUGUCUGAGGAGAGAGACGAGGAGGUGGCAGCUUUCUGUCACAUGCUGGAUGUGUUGCGUUCGGCGUACCCGUACAGCGACCCCUCGAAGAACGGCGGCUUCGUGUGGUCUCCGUCCGUGGGUGUGGAGGAGCUGCAUCAGGGCCUGGGGGUCAGCGUGAAGGUCACCGUCAUCAGUGGGCACUUCAGAGAGCCGCUCACCUUCACCUGUGAUGGUUCGUCCACGGUGGACCUGUUGAUCUAUCAGACUCUGUGUUACGCUCAGGACGAUCUGGAUCACAUGGACGUGGACGACUACCUGCUGAAGGUCUGUGGACACGACGAGUUCCUCAACAACUCUCAGACUCUGGCUGGUCUGGAAUUUGUUCAACAAUGUCUGAAGUUUGACUGGGACGUCCGACUGGUACUCACCAAGAGAUCCUCCAUCAACACGGAGCUGUCUCGCACGAAAGAAGACGAUGAGACGUUGUCCACCAUGAACCACGGCAUCCUGCUGCAGGAGCGUCCAAUCAAACAGACCGUCACCAGGGAGGCCCUGACUCUGCUGCUGGAUACUUUUCACAAUGAAGCCGAGUCCUUCCUGCUGUCAGAGGUGGAGCUGCCGCUGCACGUAGAGCGUCUCGUCCAAUCAGUGAAGGCGCUCUGCAACUCGUUAGCUGCCGUGGAGACGCCUGAUGUGACCUCUGCCCUCAACCAGCUCCCAGCAUGCCCCUGUCGUCUGCAGCCCAAAGUCCUCAAGGAUGCUUCAGUGCUGGCUGUCAGAGAGAACAGAGACAAAGUGGUGGAGAAGUUGACGGCGGCCAUCUUGGAUCUGGUGGAGCUGUACUGCAGCACGUUCAACGCCAACUUCCACACGACGGCUCAGAGUCGCUGCUGCACGGUGCCGGUGCAGGAGGCCGGCCUCGUCAACAACGUGCUCUCCUUCAACGUGCACGCCGCCCACCGCAUCCCCAUCACCUGGGCCGCCAGUUACGAGGGUUUCUUCCUGUCCUGCUCUCUGACUCACGGAGGGGCGGAGCUCUGCGCGCCGCAGCACACCAGCAAACAGUCGGUCAGCAAAUACCUGUUCCACCUGGUGGUGUGGGACCAGAGGGUGUGUUUCCCGGUGCAGAUCAACCAGCUGCCCAGAGAGUCUCAGCUAACGGUGACCCUGUACGCCAGCUCUCUGCCGCCCCCCGGAGGAGCCGAGGAGAAGGGGAAGCAGCGGCGCAGCAUCGAGGCUCUGGGCUGGGUCACCAUGCCGCUCUUCAACUUCAGACACAUCCUGACCUGUGGCAGGAAGUUACUCGGUCUGUGGCCUUCGGCUCCGGGAAGGACUGGAAACGCCCGGUCGAGCUCGCCGAACUUCAGCCAGCCGGACAGCGUGAUCCUGCAGGUGGACUUCCCCACCUCGUCAUUCGAGGUCCGGUUCAGUACUCCUCCUCCGGCAGACUUCUGUCCUCAGUACGACUUCUCCAGACUGGACACCAUCAGUCAGAUACAGCUGCAGGACGUCCUCCACAAGAAGGCUGUCUUCUGGUUGACGGUGGAGGACAGGCGUCUUCUGUGGGAGAAGAAGGCCUUCUGUCAGUCAGAGAGUGCAGCUCUGCCCCUGGUCCUGGCCAGCGCCCCCUGCUGGGAGUGGGCCUGCCUGCCGGACAUCUACGCCCUGCUGAGACAGUGGGCCUGCCUGGGUCACCUGGACGCCCUGGGACUCCUCCACGCCUCGUUCCCGGAUCAGGAGCUGCGGAGGACGGCUGUUCAGUGGAUGGACUCCAUCUCAGAUCCAGAGCUGCUGGACUUCCUGCCUCAGCUCGUCCAGGCUCUGAAGUAUGAGUGUUACCUCGACAGCUCUCUGGUUCGUUUCCUCCUACGGAGAGCCAUCGGGGACAUUCGCAUCGCUCACUACCUCUUCUGGCUGCUGAAGGACAACCUGCAGGACAGUCAGUUCAGCGCUCGGUAUCAGCACCUUCUGGCCGCUCUGCUCUGCUGCGUCGGUCGAGGUCUCCGUGAAGAGUUUGACCGUCAGUGCUGGCUCGUCUCCGUCCUCGCCAAGGUGGCUCACAAAGUCCGAGAUGCUUCGCCUUCCAGCAGACAGUGCGUGCUCAGGGAGGGUCUGGAGGAGAUGAAGCAGUUCUUCUCAGUGAACAGCAGCUGCAGACUUCCUCUGAACCCGGCAAUGCUCGUCACAGGAAUCAACAUCCAGACGUGUUCCUUCUUCAACUCCAACGCUGUUCCUCUCAAACUGUCCUUCAAUAACCUCGACCCUCUGGGAGACAACAUCAAUGUCAUCUUCAAGUCAGGAGACGACCUGCGGCAAGAUAUGCUGACUCUGCAGGUGAUCCGGAUCAUGAACAAGAUCUGGAUCCAGGAGGGUCUGGACAUGAGGAUGGUCAUCUUCAAAUGUUUCUCCACCGGCAGAGGACGAGGUAUGGUGGAGAUGAUUCCUCAGGCUGACACUCUGAGGAAGAUCCAGGUGGAACACGGAGUCACUGGGUCCUUUAAAGACCGACCGUUGGCCGACUGGCUGCAGAAACACAACCCUACUGAUGAGCAGUACGACAAGGCGGUGGAGAACUUCAUCUACUCGUGUGCCGGCUGCUGCGUGGCGACCUACAUCCUGGGAAUCUGCGACCGUCACAACGACAACAUCAUGCUGAAGACCAGCGGUCACAUGUUUCACAUCGACUUCGGGAAGUUCCUGGGACACGCACAGAUGUUCGGGAACAUCAAACGGGACCGGGCCCCCUUCGUGUUCACCUCCGACAUGGCGUAUGUCAUCAACGGAGGAGACAAACCGUCGAGUCGCUUCCACGACUUCGUGGAUCUCUGCUGCGAGGCGUACAACCUCAUCAGGAAACACACACACCUGUUCCUCAACCUGCUGGGCCUGAUGUUGUCCUGUGGGAUCCCUGAACUGUCUGAUCUGGACGAUCUGAAGUACGUCUACGACGCGCUGAGACCUCAUGAGUCUGAGGCUGACGCCACCAUGUACUUCACCAGGUUGAUAGAGUCCAGUCUGGGCAGCGUCGCCACCAAACUCAACUUCUUCAUCCACAAUCUGGCUCAGAUGAAGUUUGCCUCCACCGAGGAUCGACCCACGCUGACCUUCGCUCCCAGAGUCCACACGGCAAAGAGCGACGGCCUCAUCAGGAACCUCUACAUCUGCAGACACAUCAGGACAGCCAGUGCCGGCAAGGGAUAUGCGUUUGUAGUGAAGGUGCAGCGUGAAGGUCAGCAGGAGGUGCAGCUGGUUCAGAGGACGUUUGAGGAGUUUCAUGAACUUCACAGCAAACUGAGACUCAUCUUCCCCUCAUCCAAACUACCCAGUUUCCCGAGCCGUCUUGUGAUUGGUCGGUCCCGUGGAGAGGCGAUGGCUGAUAGGAGGAAAGACGAGCUGAAUGGUUACGUGUGGCACCUGAUCCACGCCGCCCCGGAGGUCGCUCAGUGUGACAUCGUCUACACCUUCUUCCACCCACUGCCCCGAGACGAGAGACCAGGAACUACAACCAGCAAGCCAGCAGAGCUGGCGUGGUCUGCAGCGGCAGGAAAAGAGCUUGGCGAGGUCAAACUGUCGAUCUCCUACAAGAACGACAAACUCUUCAUCAUGGUGAUGCACAUACGAGGCCUGCAGCCUCUGCAGGACGGCACAGACCCGGACCCUUACGUGAAGCUCUACCUCCUCCCAGACCCCCAGAAGACCAGCAAGAGGAAGACCAAGGCAGCACGACGCACCUGUAACCCCACCUACAACGAGAUGCUGGUGUAUGAGCGGAUCCCUCGGGGGGACCUGGACCAGAGGGUGAUCCACCUGCGGGUUCUUGGUGACGGGGCUUUCUGGGAGAACACCCUGCUGGGAGAGACCUUCAUCCCUCUGAAGAGGCUGGUACCGGGUCAGCACUGGGUGGACUGGCACCAGCUGGGUGCCGCCGGCUCAGACUCCGCCCACUGACGGACAGGAAACAGGAAGCGGUGGAUUUAAAGGGAGAGAAGAAGAGAAGCAGUUCUCCUCUGGAGGACAGAAGAAACAAAAGGAAAGUCCUUUCAAAGUAAAAGCCAUGUGGCUGAUCCUCCCUCUGUGUGUGAGGGAGUCUAAGGUUAAAGCUGCAGUUUAGCUUCACUGAUGUCAUCAGUUCAUUAUAGUUGUGUUCUUUUUAAAAACAGACAAAAUCUGGACUUUUAAAAAAAAAUUCAUCAAAGUUUAGAUUUAUUUUCAUGAUCAGAUCCUUUAAACUUUUAAAAUGUCUCCUGAUGUGAUUUCAAACAAACUGCACAAUGAAGUCACUUCCACGAUGAUAAGUUAAACUAACGAUUUAACAGAAAUAUGUGAACACGAAAGAGAAACUUUUCACUGUUUUAACUGUCAGAAUAUUUGUAUUCAUUUAAAUGACGACAGGUUUAGACUCUGAUGCUGUGUUCACAUCAAAUUCAAAGCGAAUUUUCGCCUUGCGUCAGUUGCACAAGAUAAUUUGUGUUUAUUUGCGUUACUCAUGCGAGACGAGCCAUAGAGGAGGGAGGGGCUUACCUCCGUGUAGAUACCAACGGACGGUUCAGAGCAUCUUUGAUACCAACAACAUUUCUUAAGUCAUCAACCGUGGCCGAAAUAAUAUUGCUGCUUUGUGCCUGUUGUGGAAGUCCCAGAGGCGUCGGAAAACCAAACGCCGUCGUGUCUGGGUUCAUAACAUCAUCCGGAUGCGCACACAGCUAAUAAGUAACUGUAUCUAGUAUCAUCUAGCAAGUCACACUUCAGCUGAAUUAAUCUGAUUUACUACUGUGGUAUGAACCCAAAAUAAACAGAUGUUACUGUGAUUUAAAUACAAUAAACGGAUCAAAUGGGUGCAGAAAUAACGACAUUAUGAUGCAGAUUUGUAAAAUGUCUGAAUUCAUUCUUUGUCAGGUCUUCUGUCUCCAAACAACUUUUAAAAUGUUUAUUUUCUGAAUGGAGUUCGGAUCGAUCAGGGCUAGGCUAUGCUAAUAUUGUAACUGCUCCAUCAACGUCAUUUAAUUAGGGGCCGUAUACAUGCCGCGUCUUUUGCGCCCUCAAAUCCAUUGAUCAGAUUAUCAAUGAUUAUCAACUCCGUCGCCCAUUUUCAACUUUAAAAUUCUAUAUCUGUACAAAUAUGAGGUACUAUCGUAGAGCUCUGGGUGCCCACAGACGGCCACAAUCAUCAUAAUUUCUGAUUCAACAACGUCAGGAGAUCAGGAGGAGAAUCUUAACGCUGAUAGGCUUUCGCGACACAGUGUCACGCAAAUUUCAUUUGUGUCACCCGGUGCAAAUUUGUGACUAUUUGCGUCUUUGCCUUGACUUUGUUUGUAAACGUGCCAUGAGAAGAAUUUGCUUUGCGUUUGGUGUGAACACACCAUGAGAGGACUCACUGCAGUCUGGGUUUCAUUUAAUAUUAUUCACUGGUUUUGGUUCUGAUGUGGUUCAGUUCUGAUGUGGAUCAGUUCUGAUGUGGAUCAAUUCUGAUGUGGAUCAGUUUGGUUUCUGACUGAGUUUAAAAACACAUGUUGCUCAGAUGUGAAAGAUUGAAUAAUUUUAGUCAGUGAAAUAGGAAAAACAGAUGACAAGUUAAAAAAUAAUAUAAUGAUAAUUACGAUGAAAAGAUGUAGUAUCUCAUGUUUCAGUCAGCACACACAGGUGCAUGCUGGGAAAUUGAGACAUUUAUCAGCAGAAACAAAAGAGGAAAAAAGGGAUGAACAUGUACUGUUCAGACGUUGGUUCACAUUUUACACAUCAGUUUUAUUUCCUAACUUACUUUAAUACCGUUUUAUUUCCACCUUGCUGCAGAAAUGAUGAAGUACUGAAUCCUAUCAGAGAAAACGUUCCGUGCCAGUCGAGUCAUUUUUAUUUUUCCAGGACUUUAAAGCUGCGUUUAAGAAUUCCAGGGACAAUUUGUUUUGCAGCUUUUCGUGUCCUGAAAAUAAAACCACACAAACUAGCGCCGCAGUAGUAGAGAAGAAGAAGUUUCUGCUGAGUGUUUCUGUACAUGCAGAGCUUUAGCCUCAAUGUUGCUAACAGGAUAUUUUUAUAGUGAGGAUGAUUUGAUUUUCUAUCUGUGGUGCAUGAGAGACAUCCUGUUUGCCUUUCAGCUCUUAAUAAUCUGCUCUUUGUUUCUACAUUUCAUUCCUUGUUUUUUAAUCCUGUGAUUUUGUACUUUUUGGGAACGAUUUUAAACUGGAUUUCUGAUAAUCCAGCUGCAGUGAACAUUGAAGGGGAGCUUGAGUUUGUUUCCUGCAGGUUGUUUCUGCGCUGUAGAUGAACUGAGGAGGUGAACCUGCAGGAAACAAACUACACUGAUCUGCUCAGCACUCUUUUCCAGAUGUGAAACUUUGAGUCUCAGAAUUCUGAGAGAAAAAGUUUAAAUGUGUAUCUGAGAUAUCUGAGGUGAAUUAAGCCCUAUUAGUGCUGGACUAGUAUUACCCGGGGACCUCUGGUCAUUUGUAAUAAUUGUGGAGGUCGUCUGUGAUCUUAAUUCCGUGUGAGUCUGCCAUGUCCGUAAUUUGU